CCCACCAAGUCCACCUUCCCAGGUCCCAGACGUUUGGACGAUCGCGCCGGCGAUAAACCCACCACACAAAACCCACUCUGGGACUCCGUCUCCCAUGCCUCGAGCACGCCUGCCAGUCACACCCUCCUUCUCGAACCCAUGUGUGGCAUUCUCUCUCAUUUCAUGCCCAGGAGACCCCCUCCUUCUUCUUAACUUCCCAGCUUUUCUCCCUCCACUCCCCUUCCCCAACACCUGGGUUCCGUCAUCUUUACUUUUUUUUUCUUGACCAUCCACAAAAGGCCCCAUCCCUCGUGCUAGUGGCAACUUGGCUGUCACUUGUCAUCUUGGCCUUUUUUUCUCUUCUUCGCCCUCCUUCGAGUUUUUUUCUCUUCGACCGUCAUCCCCCAUCAUUCCUUCCUCGUCAGUGUUGAUCGUUGACCGAACACGACCUGCCUUCAUUAUACGCGCCUUCGACAGGAUCCCUUCUUUCCAAAUCUCACCCUGGAGGCCCAACCAUCAACCCGAAUUCGGCAAUAGAAACACUCCGCAAAACUCAACCUGAUCAUUCACCUUCAACCCAUCAGUCCCAGGCAGGCGAUCCAGGGACAGGACGUCACUAUCAUCAGACACUCACUCGACACGCCUCUACGACACUCAUAUACCCGCGCUGGACUCGGGCACUUUUGGGGUCGUAUAUCAGACAUCCAUUCUUUCACAACAUUAACAACAAACGACCAAAAACGCAGAGAGGAGGAUAAAGCAAAAUGUCAGCUCAACCACAAGGAAACGCACCAGCGGUCGCUCAUGGUGCUGCGGGGGUAAUAGCUGCUAGGGCUAAAGGUGCAGCUGCCGAAGGUCCGGAUGAAGCUGCCAUCAUCAACGACAUGCUCUCGGGAUAUCUACUUCUUGUCCUGGGGUGUAUCUCCGCUACUUUGGUCAUCUGGAGACUCAGCACAGGCCUCAGCAGAUACAUUCGACAUGUUUCGUGCCUCACCAACGAUACACAGACAUACUUUGCCAGAGCAGGCAGCAAGUGGUCGUGGUUCAAGAAGAAUGUCCAGUACUCACCCAUUUUCAGCAAGAGGCACAACCGCGAGUUCCAACUUAGCUCGGCCAUCAACGUUGGAACUCUCCCCACGCGCCUUCAACUCGUCUUCCUCCUCGGCUACUUUUCCACCAAUGUAGCUUUCUGUGUUAUGGGCAUCGACUUUUCAAAGCCAGUGGCCGCGUCUGCCACUGUGUUCAUCAAUCGUACUGGCACCCUCGCUGUCGCCAACAUGAUCCCCUUGUUCCUCAUGGCUGGCCGGAAUAACCCCCUCCUCUACCUUUUGGGUAUCUCGUUUGAUACGUUCAAUCUCCUUCACCGAUGGCUGGGUCGUAUUGUGGCUCUGGAGGCUCUUGCUCACACUCUGGGCUACCUUUACCGUACGGCUGCUACCAAGGGCUGGUCUGUGGCUUUCGAGGGCAUCUUCAAGAGCAGUUUUCUCAUCUACGGAUUCGUGGCAACCGCUUCUUUUGUCGUCAUUGCAAUUCAGGCGUCCAGCGUUUUCCGGCACGCUUUUUACGAGAUCUUCAAGAUCUUGCACAUCUGCUUGGCCAUCGCUUCCGUCGUCGGCCUGUAUUACCACCUUGGACCCAAGGGCUUCCCGCAGAUCAAGUACCUCUACCCUGUCAUGGUCUUGUGGGCCUUUGACCGUACUGCUCGCUUCCUUCGGGUGGCGUACUACAACUUUGGAUCUGGCGGUGGCAAGGCUCUCGUUGAGGCUCUCCCUGGCGGUUCCACACGAGUCACUGUGACCAUGGCGCGCCCCUGGUUUUUCAAGCCUAGCCAGCACGCUUAUCUCUACUUCCCAUCCGUCAGCCUCUGGCAGUCUCACCCAUUUUCCGUCGCAUGGAGCGAAGAGGCCGACUCACCCAGCGGCGAAAAGCUUCCCAUGGACCGCCGUGACAUUCUCGCCAUGAAGAAGACGACUGUUUCUUUUAUCCUCCGUGGUCGCACGGGUAUGACUGGCAACUUGUAUGAAAAGGCUGCUUCAUGCAUUGACGGCAAGUUGGUGACGAGGUGUCUUGUUGAGGGCCCCUAUGGAGGCAUGCACCAAAUGCACUCGUAUGGCACCGUCAUGCUCUUCGCCGGCGGCGUUGGUAUCACACAGGCAGUGCCUCACGUCCGUGAUUUGGUUAUUGCCUACAGCAAUGGCAUGGCGGCUACCCGCAAAGUUAUCUUGGUCUGGACUAUUCAAAGCCCUGAGCAUUUGGAGUGGAUUCGCCCUUGGAUGACGGAGGUCUUGGGUAUGGAAAAGCGUCGUGAGGUGCUCCGUAUCAUGCUCUUCGUCAGCAGGCCCCGGUCGACAAAAGAGAUUCACAGCCCAAGCUCGACAGUGCAGAUGUUCCCCGGCAGGCCGAACAUCGACACGCUUCUAGCAAGGGAGAUGGAGGACCAGGUGGGCCACAUGGGCGUCUCGGUGUGUGGCCCUGGUGCGCUCAGUGACGAAGUCCGUCGCGCUGUCAGGAACAAGCAAUAUAACGGCGCUAUUGAUUUCGUUGAGGAGGCAUUUUCCUGGUAAAAGUGGAGGAUUCCGUUGGAAUUUGCAUCAAGCAGAAGGCUCGAGGUUAUGAGAAAUGAACUCACAUUUAUGCUACUUUGAGGAAACUUGUUCAACCUGUCUUGUCGCACAUAUCAUGGCUGGUUACUGGAACAAGCUCUCAUCGUGCGGACAUAUCCCCAAUUCAUCAUACAUCACUGUCAUUUCCGCUCUGUGAAAUGUACAAUGAAAUUCUUGUACAUUAGACUCUUGAUUUUUUUUCUAUUUUUCUUUUCUUUAUCUGAGACGUUGUGUUGGUGGGCAAAAGAAUAGCAUAGCAAUCACUUGCUUGAAAUGACUUUAUUAUUACAAGACAGCUGUACCCAAACUUCACAUGCCAUGUUCAAUUCUUCGAAGUGAUGGCGG